AUGAGGAUCGGGCCAAGAGACCUGGGCCGGAUCAAGAUUCGACUGUUUGCCAAAGACCUCCCAAAAACAUGUGAGAACUUCCGUCAAUUUUGCACCGGGGAGUACAGGGAAAAUUUACAACCUGUGGGAUACAAAAACAGCAAGGUGCACCGGGUAGUCAAAGGGUUCAUGAUUCAAGGUGGUGAUUUCACCAAGGGAAACGGAACAGGGUCGAAAACCAUUUUCGGCCAGGACGCGUUUGAAGAUGAGGGGUUCAUGCACAAACACAAUAGGAUGAGUGUUUCUAUGGCCAAUUCUGGCCCGAAUACAAACGGAAGCCAGUUCUUUAUAUGUCUUGAACCGCAGCCGCAUUUAGACGGUAAACAUGUUGUGUUUGGCGAGGUGAUAGAAGGUCAAGAUAUUGUGCGGCAAAUAGGCAGUGUUUCAACGGACUCGCAAAGUCGGCCGAGAUUGGAUAUCACGGUAGUUGAUUGUGGGGAAAUGUGA